ACUGCCAAAUUGAAGGCUUGGUUGUCCGAGCACAUUGACCACCCAUACCCCACAAGAGAGGACAAAAUCAAUUUGGCGGCUCAAUGCAGUAUGACUUUGACACAAAUUUCAACGUGGUUUGCCAACGCCAGGAGACGCAUGAAGAAGGGAGGAGAUAUG